AUGAGCGCAAAUUUUGCAAGUGACAUCAGUAAUAAACGACACAGCAAUAUUUUAAACCGUGAAGAUACAAACUAUGAAGAUGAUGGAUUUUUCAGUGACGUGCCAGGGUCGGGGUCUCUAUCUAGAUCUCAGCUCGCUCUAAACAAAUACAUGAAGAAGAAUUUACUAUACGAUGAAACCGAAGAAUAUGAAAGUGACGGUGCUUAUUUUUCAAAAGAAACCAGCCCUAAUGAAUCUCGUACAAAAUAUGAUACAGACAGUUUGAAGAGCAAUGAAUCUGUCGAAGAUACUACUGGAAUAAAAACAACGACAGCCACUAUUACGUACGGUGCUACAAGUGUCACGCAACUAACAGAUGACUACAAAUCUCUGCAGUUAAAAGAUAAAUCGUUCAACGACUCUGAUACAUACGAUGGCAACGUAUCAGAUAAUGUGGAUACACAGAGUGUGACCAUAUCAGAAGUAGUUUCUGAACCAAGUGAAAUACAAAAUGAAGUCAAACACCAGCGUGAACAUUCAGCUUCAACGAAUAAUUUAAUGAAUAUUGCUGGUUCUGAAAUAAAAGCAAAUGCAGAUCAAGUAGUUUAUAGGAACACACAAACAAAUGUAAACAAAAAUAAUGACUAUCGUCACACUCUUCAUGAAUUUUCUGAAUGGGGAAACAGGACGAAUAUAUAUCCGGAUGUUUACGCUCCAUUACCAUACAAAUCCCCUCGACGUUACGUGGAGAGCGACGUGAACAUCCACUACAGAUGUCCGGUGAGACACGACCCCCUGCCUCUGGUACCAGAGCGAGAGCUGGCUCGUCAACAAGCCGAGCACAUGAAGAGAUUGUACAGAGAACAGAAGAGGAACAAAUACUUACAGGAGUUGCAAGACAUGCAGAAUCGUCGUCACCAGGAUAACUUCACUCCGUCACAGAAGAACAUACUGCCUCUAAACAGAUACGAUGAAGCUGAGAAAGUUAUUGCGAAGGCUUUAUACACAUUUAAUGGACAGACUCCAAGAGAACUCAGCUUUAGGAAAGGAGAGCUGAUCCACGUGAGGAGACAAAUCGACAACAACUGGUACGAGGGAGAACUACACGGGAGAAUAGGCCUGUUCCCUUACAAUUAUGUUGAGAUACAAAAAGGCGAUGUAGUACAAACUCCGAAAAAGCCAGCGAUAGUCGAGGGUCGAGCUCGAGCGAAGUUCGACUUCACCGCCCAAACAAACUUAGAACUGCCCCUGAAGAAGGGAGAAGUGGUCGUGCUGACGAGACGUAUCGAUCAGAACUGGUGGGAAGGAAGAAACGGCUCCAAGACGGGAAUAUUCCCUGACAGCUACGUAACUGUGCUACAGGAACCUAGCCCUAAUAAACCUGAUCCUCAGCCAAUACUAAACAGUGACAAGCCAGUGGCAUCUCCAGCAGCUCACGGUCUACUCAAUGGCUCUGCAAAACGCAGCAUGGGCUCCCAUAGCUACACUCCUCAACCAAACAGCCCUGCACUCUCAAAUGCACCACCGGCCACCCAGCCACUACCAGGUUACGUCGCGAAACCUGCGCAGGCGACGCUGACGCCAUCAGAGCGCGGCUACGGGCCGCCGACGGGCGCGGGCGUUGACCUCAAUAACACGGAGCCCUUGUAUGUGGACACCAAUGCGGAGGCCAUACCAUACCGCGCUAUGUACAAGUAUCGACCGCAGAACCCUGAUGAACUAGAACUGAACGAGGGUGACACAGUGUACGUCCUGGAGAAAUGUGACGACGGAUGGAAACUACGUGGAACGCAUCUGAUAGCGCGAGACGUCGCUGUUGCGGCGCCUGCGUCGCGCCACGCUCUGCGCGCGCCGCCCGCGAUAACACUACACGCCACAUAUUCACUGACCAUACUGCGUUGGAUAGACAUCAAACACGGAGUAGUCAAUUACAAUACAAUAAAGGACUUACAAACGAGUGAACUAGUAACAAACUUCUCCCACCUAACACUCCAUUCGUUCACUACUCCGUGA